UUUUGACAUUCCAUUGUUGAUUUGACGUUUUAAAACUCUCAAAACCAUUCUCGUUCACGUUGUACUUACUCUCGUUCUCGUUCUUAGUUUUUUAAUAAUUUGUUUGGUGUUUUGACUGAUUUGUAGUAAUUUAUGUGUUUCUGUUUCAUGUUGUUUAUGUUAUCACGCUAAUCAUGGGACGCAACAACAAAGUUUAGUACGGAGCAUGGACGAUAAUAGCGACGAUACAUCAAUGGAAUACGAAAUAAAAAAGAGUUUGAUGACCCGGAACAAAUUAGCUAUAAUAAUAAAAGGGAACAACGGUAGUUUCCAGUUUGGUUGCGUUUAUUGUACGUACAAGGCCAACACUAAGAAGGCGUUGGAGAAACAUUUGCUAGUGCAUAACAAGCAAUACAGAUAUCUGUGCGGGAUUUGCGGAACUGGGUUAAAACGCAAAGAACAUUUAGAGAGACACACGCUCGAGCACAUGGAAAUAAGACCUCACGUUUGUCCUGAAUGCGGGAAAGGAUUCAAAAGAAAAGAACAUUUGAACAUACAUUUCGCUACACAUACCGGCAACAAGAGCCAAGAGUGCUUUGUGUGUAAAAAAUCGUUCUACCGGAAGGACCACCUACAGAAACACAUGCAGACGCACAACAAAAACUUAGCGAACAAAUUGUAUAUAAGCGAGCAAAUGUUGAAAAUCAAACAGGAGGCCAUGGAAAUGCUGGACGAUGAUAACGUUGAAAUAGAAAUCCGGGAUAACUACGAUCAGCCCACUGUUAAAAUCAAGGAGGAAAACUUUAAUGCGAUAUUCGAAAAGAAUUACAUCAAAAUCGGAACCGGAGAGAGGCCGUUCAUAUGCCUCAUCUGCAACAAGACGUACAAACGUAAAGAUCAUCUGAAGCUGCAUAGCAUGACGCAUAUGGAGAAGGACAAGGUCUGCUCGGAGUGCGGGAAAGCCUAUCAUAAGGAAGAACAGCUGAUGGCGCAUAUGAGCACACACAUGAAUCAGCCCGCGAACGAGAUAGAGGAGAUGCCUCUUGUGCAGAACUUAUACACCGAUCAGUCGAACUUCUUUACCACGGAUAACAGUCUUUUAAUACCACGUUCAGAGUACAAGGCCGAACGGAAACAUAUCUGCUCGAUCUGUCAGAGGCGCUUUAAGCGGAAGCAACAUCUCAAAAUACAUCUAAAUGUACAUGUCAAGGAUAUAAACGACGGUGGAUCACUCUGGUGCUCAAUUUGUAACGAAGAACUAGCAUCGGCGUCUGAUUUAAACAACCACGAAUGUGCCGUGGGGCAAGACGAAUGUCCAAGCGAAGGGGAACAACAGCAGGCGACUCCGGAGGGAGCCAAGAAAGAGAAUACUUUGCCACACGAAUUCGUAUGUGUCGACAUGGGGCCCCAGGACAGCUCCCAGGUGGUGCUCGUCAAGGAUGAACGCGACCUGCCCGUGCCCAGGCGCGUCUACGUCUGUAAAUACUGUUCGAAGACAUUCAGGAGGAAAGAUCAUUACAAAAUACAUUUGAACAUACACACCGGAAUUAAAUCGUUCUUCUGUCCCGAUUGUGGGAAAGGAUUCUACCGCAAGGACCACCUGCAGAAACACACGCAAGUACACGCCAAAGCAAAACUAGUUGUGAUGCCAAAGAUCAAGAGUCUGCCGGGUCUGUAUCCGAUAAACUCAAUACCAAAGAAGAAGGAAAUAAAACCGGAAAUUACCAUACACGCCCCAUCCAACUCGAAGUUGCGUGUGCCGCUACAGAUCAAAGUGCCAUAUCAAAUGGUGAUGUCGAACGAGAACGGAGAGAGGCACGCCGUCACCAUCGACCCCGCCACCGACACAGUGCUAUAAACAACAUAGAUAGAACAUUUUAAAUUAAAAUCAUAUUUGAGAAGCGUUUAAAAACAAUACUGCCUAUUUUAAUAGGCAUAUUGAUAAAAGAACCGUAAACACGUGCAAAGAGUCAAUAAAAAAAUAUUUAUUUAGUUAACUAAGUACUAAAUAGCACAAACUAUUAGUCGUUUUUUCAAAAUGCAUGUAUUGUACAAAAUAGCACUAUUAAGAUUAAUAAGUAUAUUUAUAAAUACGUUAAGGGCCAUCGGUACAAGUUAAUAUGUCUUAAACUGUUUGGAAUCUAAUGUGAUUAGUCGAGGUGUGUUGUUAGUAUUGGUAUUACCGAUAUCAGAUGAUACUAAAAAUCAAGCAAUAUUGUAUGUAAUAUGUAUCUUAUAGAAUAUCAGAUCUACAUAGUAUUUAAUAUUUUUCUAUACUUCGACAUGGAAUUAAUUAUAUUCUUAAUAAAAGCGAAUUCAUAUCACAGAUCAGUGAUAAUAGCUAAUCCGAUACGAUAAGUUGGUGUAUGUAUUAUUGAGGAAAUAACGGGUCAUGAAUUACGUUACUGGGUGAAGCUGACUGCCUACUCUGAGUUACGUGCCCAAUGAAGCCAUUCCUCCUCCCAUUUGGAGAUAUGAGGUUGAAAUCUCAAUUGUGUAGUGCAACGGCUGUCUCACACUUCAAACCUCAAAGCAUAUUACUGGUGGUAGGACCUCUUGUGAGUCCGCACGGGUAGGUACCACUACCCUGCCUAUCUCUGCCGUGAAGCAGUAAUGCGUAUCGGUUUGAAGGGUGGGGCAGGCGUUGUAGCUAUAUUUGAGACCUUAGAACUUAUAUCUCAAGGUGGGUGGCGCAUUUACGUUGUAGAUGUCUAUGGGCUCCAGUAACCACUUAACAUCAGGUCGGCUGGGAGCUCGUCCGCCUAUCUAAGCAAUAAAAAAAAAGCAUGACCGGUCAUAGCGCUCGGGAGACGCCGUGGAGCGGAGUUCAUUCCGAAGCUGGAUGGUACGUGAUAAAUUGAACACUAAAGUGUUUCUAAUCAAAUAAUGUAUACAUUUUUCUGUAUUAAAUUUUUUAUGACAUUUUAAGAUGAUAAUAAUAAUACUGUAACUUUUUAAGAUUUUAUGUACAAAGUUCCUCUUUCACUUAUUUAUGUAUGUGAUCGUUCGCAUGUGUUUUAUAUGUAAAAUUAUGAAAAAUAAAGUAUUUUCGACAA